CCUCCUUAUCUCAUCAUUCCUGGCUCUCCUCCCUCUGCUCUCUAAGCAUUUGAAUCUAUGGCCUCUGAAACAGAUCUCUCUGACUUUGAAGAUGAGAACUUCAAACCAACAGGACAGAAGAGAAGCAAGAAGAAAGAAUAUCAGAUUAGGGCUGCUCUUAGAGCACCCAGACAGAUCACUUUUCCUACUAAGGCUUUGUAUGACCAGAUCAUAGAUGGGACCAUCAACUUAGAGCCUGACUACCAGAGAGAUGUAGUAUGGCCAGAAGCCAAGCAAGUUGGAGUCCUAGACUCCAUCAUGAGAAAUUUCUAUCUUCCUCCAAUUAUUUUCUCUGUGUCCCAAGAAAGUGAUGGGACUGAGAAGAGGAUUUGUAUUGAUGGGAAACAGAGGCUGACCUCUAUUCAGAAGUUCAUGGAUGGUGAAAUAUAUAUCCGAGAGCCCGAUACCAACGCGAAGUUCUGGUACAAGACCCGAAAACCGACGCAGGAGCGCCUACCGCGGAAGUACCGCGACCUCUUCUCCAAGAAGCAGAUCCUAUGCGUCGAGUACCAAGAUCUGACCGACAACCAAGAACGCGAGAUCUUCAAGCGCGUCCAACUCGGUGUGGCGCUAACGCCCGCAGAGAAAAUGAAAGCCGAGACCGCGACAGAGCGCAGCGCGCUCAUCACCGCCGUCGAAAACCAAUACCUGCACGACCCCCUCUUCCUCUCCGUCCCCUUCGAACACAAACGCGGCCAAUCCUACCGUUUCACCGCCGCCGCCAUCUACUUCAUGGCCAACCCCUCCCACCGACGCGCCGUGAACGCCGACCACCUCGCCUCCUGGAUGUCCGACCCCUCUUCCCUCUCUCCCCAAUUCAUUGCAAACGUGCAUCAGGCGUUCGGGAUAAUGAUCGAGAUGUUGAGGAGGGACGAGGGGAGGGAGUUUUUGAAGGUGCUGAGGGGGACGCAGAAGGUUAGUCCGGUCGAUUUUGUGUGUAUGAUGGCGGUGAUUUGGGAUUGGAAGGACGUGUCGAGCGAGGAGGAGAUGAGGGGGUGGAUUAGGGCGAUGAGGGACCAUGCGAGGGAGACGCAUAAGGAUCUUUAUUGGAAACCGCAGGUUUUGGAUACGUAUUUGAAGUUUAUGGAUUAUGUGAGGAAUAAUGCGGUGGAUGGGGUGGGGGAGGAUAAGUCGGCGAUGACGGAGUAUCCUGCACCUGCUCCUGCUCCCGCGCCCGUACCGCCACAGCAUCACCUACCCCCUCCUGGUUUCAACGUCCCCGCCACACAAUCGACCAUGUCCCCUCCAACUCUUUCCACCCCCACAGCCAUCCAACAAUCCACCUCACAGGGUCUCAACAGACUCGCCGGCGUACGCGCCGCGAAAGCAGGUCCCGCGUCCGCCCCCUUACCUUUCACUCCUCCGCCCUCGCAAACUCAACCCGGACCCUCGACCGCAGUAGGGGCUGGCGGUGUACGCGAACGCUCGGUAGAUGGCUGGCACGUCCUGGAAGAGAAUCUUAUGGAUAUCAUCAAUAAUAAAGCCGCGCCCGUGCCGGACUUGAACAAUAUCGAUGUCGAUACUGAGAUGAGAUCACCUGUUCCUGCGCCUGGGCCGUGGCAGAUGGUCGAAGAUCGACAUUCGCAUUCGCAUUCACCGAGACGGAUGGGAUCUUCUGGGUCGGUGGGUGCGAGGGGGUCGAUGGAUUCGUCGGGGUCGAGACAUGGGCAUGCGGAGGAGAGGAGGUUUCAUCCGUAUGCUUCGCCACCGCCGACGCAGGUUGGGGAUAGGAGGCGGGAUGAUAGGCGACCGAGGUGAGGUGAGGUGAUUUGGUAGGAGAAAGGAGGUAAUUUACGUCGGGACAUUUGGAUGGAUACCAGUGUAUAUGUUUUCCGUUUCGGAGAUGUCGUUUCUUUUGG